AUAAUAAAACGGGCAGUAGAGCCAACGUGAACUACAAUGUGUACAUCCUGGAUUUUAGAGACGUUCACAGACUUCAGGUUAACAGCAAGAGAUAGAUAAAACAAGAUUAACGAUUUUGCUGUUUCUCGCAGGAUAGUUUUGGAUAAGACGGCAGUGUUAUAAUGGUAUGUAAAGGCAUGUGUAUGGACAAAAAGAUUUUAAUUCGGCAUCUUACUGCUGGUUUUGUCAACAGCCUGGAUGUAGGGAAACGAUGUAAGCUAACGUCAGCUAACGCUUCUUUUUACGACAGAGAAACUUGGUAGCUAAUAAUAGUGUAGUCCCCGCACUUGUUUACUUUAGCGUAGUCGGCUAGCUUUGAGUAUGGAACAAUGUAGAUAAUUAGCACGGAUGUUUUCCACAACUGCAUGAGGGUGUUACCGCCGGUGCAGUCCGAUAAGGUUGACGCAGCUGUGAGGAAGGAGAGUUUACAAUGAGACGUCUGCUGAGCUCGGUCCUAAACGGCUCGAAAAUAAUCCGAACAACUUGGCUAUCUGACUCCCUGCUGAAAUCAAGAAACAACUCUUUACCGCUGUGCACUUGGUCUUUUCAGGGGGACAAUAUAUGCAAUGGGUCGCAAAACAAAAAGGCGCUCCUGUCGGACCCUCAGCUGUUUGAGGACCAGUUUGAGGACCUGGUGACAGAGCUGUCAGAGCAGGACCUCACAGAUCCAGCGCUUUCUGAUGCUCUGCACAGACUAAGAGAGGUACAUACUUCAUGCUGUCUAAUCUGUCCAAGAUUUUCUUAAGCUUCACGCUUCAGUUUCAAGCGUCAUCAAUGUCCUUUUCUAGGUUUUGGUGUACAACUCCCCUGGAGGCAAGAGGAACAGAGGCCUAUCUGUGAUUGGCACACUGAGGGAGUUAAUCCCGCCCACUCAGCUCACACAGGACACUGUGCAGAGGGCUCUCACCGUGGGGUGGUGCAUUGAGUUGGUAAGGACAUCUGACACUGAAUAUUAAAGGGUUAUUCUAGCUUUGCCUGCAUAGAUCUUGUCAUUAACAAAUAUCACUACAGUUUUGCCACUGUGGCUAAAGAUGCAUUGACUAAUGUACUGAACCAAUAAAAAAAGUUCCUAUUGGGAGUAUAAUGAAGGGCUGAGCAAUAAAACGAUAACGAUAUAUAUGUAAAAUGCAUUUCCCUUUAUCAAUAUAAAACAUGGUCAAUAUCCUUUUCGGCAUUCUGUCAUGUUUUGGUAGACUAUACGAAUAGCCAAUGAAAAGGGGAGUUGCUCUGGGUCCGCUUCGCGCUGAACCAAUCGUGCUGAAUUAGAACCAUAGACUGUAUAUAGAAUGGACGCCGUCUGCCUCCUCACUGUGUGAAGCCACUUCAAGAACAGCACACUCUCGCGGCGGACUGCAGUAUAGGUCAUAAAUCCUGCCUCCGCCAGCAAAGCUUAUGGGACUGUGGACAAAUUUUAGAAAUUUAUUACGCAGAACAUAAUUUUUUUUCCCCCUGCUUGCGACAUUGACAUGUAGUUACAGUAAGACUGGUUUGUGCUCAAGUCCUCCUUUUUCUGUGAAGCUUCUGUGAAGCUUCUAUGAAGCUCCGGGAGAGUCGCCAAGACUCACCCGUCGAAUGCGCACAACGCUACUGCGCAGCGCUGGUUUCAGGAAAUGGAGAAAAAACGUGGAAUUACCGAGAGCUUUUUGGCUUCAAAUCCAUAUACAGGUACAGGGAAGAACCAAGUUGUCCAUAAUAUAUACAGUCUAUGAUUAGAAACAAGUAGCAAACAAUCCGCUCUCUCUCGCGCAACACCUUACGACAAAACGUGGAAGAGACACAAAGACCUCACAGAUGCAGUAGCUUAUUGUAUUGCAAAAGAAAUGCUACCAAUAAGCACUGUUAAAUUAAAUUUUUUAUAUCGUGAUAUAUAUCAAUAUCGACUGAUAUGAAACAAAAAUAUUGUGAUAAAAUUUUUCCCAUAUCGCCCAGCCCUAGUAUAAUGAGGCGCCUCUUCGAUGAAAUGUGAAAAGCAGUGUUCUUUGAGUAUGACCACUGAGGCUUGGGCUCACAGGAAGGCCACAAAAUACUAAUUUGCAUUGUUUGAUGUGGUCUUUUCAAUAAAUUUGUUGAUGAAAAAAAUAAAAUAAAAUCUGUCAGCUGUUUUAGCUCGUGGAUCAGUGUAUGUUUAAUUCAUUAGAUUUUUACACAGAAGAAAAUUGGUGAUGGCACAAAGGCAGCUUUCAUUAGAGCAGAGACAAAGUGGCUUAGUAUGCCUCAGAUAAAAAAAAUAGCUCCAAGAGAUUGAGGGCAGGCAUUACAGAGCAAAUGAAUGUGAAAAGUAAACUGUGCCUCAUCUCUUAAGUGCAGACUCAUACUGACUGUUGUAAUACAACGUUGCAGGGGUAUUAUGCUCUUUAAGUUAUCUAAUUAACAACUGUUGUUGUGUUUCUUACAGCUUCAGGCAUUUUUCCUCGUGGCAGAUGAUAUCAUGGAUGCAUCUGUUACACGCAGAGGACAGCCUUGCUGGUACAAGAAGGUAGGAAUCAAGAUGUUUCAGGAAAUAGUACUAUAAUUUUUGUGUUGUUCAGUCUUAUUGUGCUAUGAUUAAUUUUCAAUGUUGACACCAUGAUUUGUUUCUCAUGUGAAUCUUGUCUGUUUCUAAGGAUGGGAUAGGCCUGGAUGCCAUCAAUGACUCAUUUCUCCUGGAAGGGUCAAUCUACAGACUAUUGCGUAGACACUGCAGAGAUCAGCCCUACUAUGUCCACCUACUGGAGCUAUUCACUGAGGUUGGUCUCAGUCCUGGAUUUUGAACAUCCAGACACAUAAACAGUAUUCUUACUACAGCUCUGUUUGUUUCAGACAACGUUCCAGACUGAGCUUGGCCAAGCUUUGGACCUCAUGACUGCUCCUCCUGGUCAGAUCGAUCUCAACAGAUUCACUAUGGAAAGGUAAGAGGAAGAGAAUUCUGUAAAAUGAAUUUGCGGUGGAUGAUUUCAUCAGCAAAGCCUAUAGGUGAAACAAUGUCUUUCUGUCUUUAGGUAUAAAGCAAUUGUGAAGUACAAGACCGCCUUUUACUCCUUUUACCUCCCUGUAGCUGCUGCAAUGCACAUGGUCAGUAUUUAUUUUUGCUUAAUAAACAUGACAGAAUAGCCUCAUGGGCAUGAUUAUGAUGACACUGAAAUGAUUAGAUUCCAAGUUUGAAGAAAAGGUCUGGAAAUCAACAUAACAGAGAAAUUUCCCACUCUUUGUUGCGACUGCUGUACCUCACCUUUACAGGCAGGAAUAAAUAGUGAAGAGGAGCACAAUAAUGCUAAACACAUCCUGCUGGAGAUGGGAGAGUUCUUUCAAAUUCAGGUAAUGUCUUUCAUGUUAUUCUACCUCCAAGGCUUCUAUUAUAUAACAUCCUAUCGACUUACCGGAGUCACAAAUCUGCAUGUUUUGUGUGUAGGAUGACUAUCUUGACUGUUACGGAGACCCUGCUGUGACAGGAAAGAUAGGUACCGACAUCCAGGAUAACAAAUGCAGCUGGCUUGUUGUGAAAGCUCUGGAAGUCAUGUCCCCUAAACAGAGAGCAGAGCUGGAGGUAAGACAACAUAUGACAGCCAGUUCUGUUUGAACACUCACAAUAGUGUAUCCUCUACAUUUGUAUUUAACAAUGACUGCUUGACAGAGAAUUUGAAGUUAGGAGACUUUUUGUUGAACGUGUAGGCAAACCAAUAAAUGUUCAUUUUGUAAUGUUAUCAGACAAUUUUCAGUGUUUUUUGUUCAAAUCUUAUCCCAGUGUUACAAUCUUUUCUCCUCAAACAGAUUUCCCUUUAUCCUUAAAAUCUGAUGGGUCCACAAAUUAAGUACCAGAUCCAGUGCUUAAGCCCUAAUGUCAUUCUCUUCCUCCCCCCCAGGCGUGUUAUGGACGACAUGAUGAUGCGAGUGUUGAAAAAGUCAAAGCCCUCUACAACACUCUGGAGAUGUCAAUGCUGUACCACAACUAUGAAGAUGAGAGCUACCAGCGGCUACAGAAACUCAUUGCAUGUCACGCUCAAAACCUUCCUCACGCAGUCUUCCUCAACUUUGCCAAAAAAAUCUACAAGAGGAACAAGUGAGAAAGGGUGAGGUGGGUUUACUGACAGUGUGAGGUGCAUCAGCCAGGCUAUGAUAGAACUUUGAUUAUAACAAAAUGAUGCUCCACCCUCUCUAGAGAGAAAAGGUUCAACAGCAUGAUGCGAAGAUGACUGUAAUGUGUUAAAGUUUCUUAGCUUUGCAAUGGUUUGUAGAUAUUUGGUUGUAAAUGUCUUCAAAUAGCCUGUAUUAUUAGCCACAUGUUCUGUAUUUAUUAAAAAAUCCAAUGGAUUUUAUGAAGAAAUGAUUCACUGACAGUUAGUGCUUUCAUAGCUGUCUGACUUGGAGAAUACACACGACAAGACACAGAUAUAAAUCCCACCAGGUCAGGUUAUCAACAAAGGUGUGGUCUAAUAGAAAAAAAAAAUUUAACUAUUAAAAAGAACAGAGCAUGUGUGAAAACAUGUUUCUAAACCAUGGCAGGUUUAGAAAUCUGACCUGCUUUUUAAAUACAUAUAUUUUUAUACUGCUGCUAGAAAGUCUGUACAGGUCUGGAUAUGAUGCUUUUAAUAAAUACUACAUGACCAACA